AUGGCUGCCCGGAUUACGGGUAGGGCCAUGUCCUAUAUGACAUUCAAACCCGAUACCAGCCACGACAGGCACGAUGGUCCUUAUAUCAACGACCAAGGUUAUGUCGACUUUUCCCCAGAUGACAAGGAGAAUCCACGAAAUUGGUCCAAGAAACGAAGAUGGGGAAUAACUUGUAUUGCUGUCUUCCUUGCCAUGAACGGAAACUUUGCAUCAAGCAUUUUCUCAGGGAGUGUCGAUUCUGUCGUGGAGGAGUUUGGUAUCUCAACAGUUGCUGCAAGCUUGACGACUUCCAUCUUCCUGCUCGGUUUCUGUGCUGGACCCUUUGUAUUUGCACCUCUCUCUGAGUUUUAUGGACGUCGAUGGAUCUUCUACAUCACUUUCAUCGCUUACAUGGCCUUCAACUUUCUCUGCGCUUUCCCCACAAACUUCGGAUCGCUCCUCGUUGGAAGAUUUUUGGCUGGAGUCUUUAUCUCUGCCCCACUAAGCACGACCCCGGGAGUUCUUGUCGAUCUCUGGGAUCCUAUCGAGCGAGGAAAUGCUACCGGAAUAUUCAGUCUUGCUUCCUGGGUGGGAUCUUCUUUAGGACCCAUUGUUUCGGGCUUUGUUCAGCUGAAGAAGGACUGGCGAUGGGGCAUGUACUCUGUUCUAUGGCUUGGAGGCGUGACGGUUCUUCUGAUGUUUCUCAUUCCCGAGACACACACGCCUACUAUUCUGACCCAGAAGUCCAAGCGAGCUCGGCAGUCUGGCAUCGAAGGAUACGAGCACGUCGUCACGGAGGGAGAAGAGGAUGCGCCUGGCCUCGCCCACGUUUACAAGCUAGCUCUUACACGACCCUGGAUUCUCAUGUUUGACCUGAUUUCCCUCCUCUGCUCUGUCUACACUUGUAUCGUCUUCACUCUUCAGUUCAUGCUCUUUAGUAUCUACCCUAUUGUUUUCAGAGACAUGAGAGGAUGGAAUGCUGGCGUUUCUCAACUGCCUUUGCUUGGCCAGGUUGUUGGGGCCGUUCUCGGAACUAUUGUCAUCUUCGUCGAUAGCGAACGAAGACGAAGCAAAGAUGCAGCAGGGAAGAUUCUAUUGCCUGAAGACCGACUUCUCAUGGCCAUGUUUGGAGGCGUUGCCUUCCCCAUUACCAUGUUCUGGCUUGCAUGCGCCGUCCCCUGGAUCGUCCCAACUCUUGCGGGCACAUUCCUCUCUGCCGCCCUGAUGCUUGUUUAUGUCGCCAUAAUCAACUACCUUACCGACACAUACGCCUCAUACGCAGCGUCUGUUAUCGCCGCCAACACUGUUGCUAGAUCUGCUGGUAGCGCUGCUGCUCCCCUCUUUACAACCCAGAUGUUUACCGCUCUUGGUGUUGGUGGCGGGGGUUCUCUUAUCGGAGGAGUCGCAACUCUACUGGCUUUUAUCCCCUUCAUAUUCUUUUGGUAUGGCGCUCGCAUCCGAAAGAAGAGCAAGUACGCUCUUGUUGAGCCUGAUCAGAUGGAGAAGCUGGACGAGGAGGCUGAUCCUACCGACUAUGGCGUCGAAGCCGAAGAAAGUCAGCACGUGGGUGACAUGGACCAACCUCAGUACAAGCGCUCUGAUAGCGCGUGA